CGACCACUCACACCAACAACUUGGCCAGUGCGAGAAUCAUUUUUUUUAAUUGAUUAUUCGUAGAGAUGCUUAAAUCAGCUUGUGUGAAAGUUGUUGUCAUGUUCAGGCAAAAGUAAAAAAGAUGAGUUCCAUUGAUGAAGAAAGAUCACUCCUUGAAGUUGAAGAAUCUAUUUUACAGGAAGAAGUGAAGUUGUAUGCUGAAGAUGGUUCAGUGGAUAUUAAUGGAAACCCACCAUUGAAGCAGAACACAGGAAACUGGAAAGCUUGCCCAUUCAUUUUUGUUCCAAGUCUGAAGCCAACGGAUUGUAAAGGCUCCAUUUGUCCACCAGCAACAAUGGCUCAGCAAGCGGUUUUGUUUUCAGGGCUUUACCUAAUCGCUCUUGGAACCGGAGGAAUCAAACCAUGUGUCUCAUCCUUUGGCGCUGAUCAGUUUGAUCAGACUGAUCCAAAGGAACGUGUCAGAAAAUCAUCUUUCUUUAACUGGUUCUACUUCUCAAUCAACGUUGGUGCAUUUGUCUCAUCUACUUUGCUAGUGUGGAUUCAAGAGAAUUGUGGUUGGGAACUUGGAUUCUUGAUACCAACAGUGUUCAUGGGACUUGCUACUGCGAGUUUCUUCUUUGGCACUCCUCUCUACAGGUUUCAGAAACCUGGAGGCAGCCCUAUAACUCGAUCUUUCCAAGUUCUUGUAGCCUCAUACCGUAAAUGGAACCUCAAUGUCCAUGAAGAAGAAGACCACACACCUCUGUUCGAAAUAACGGAUGUAAAGCGGAAGAUUGAACACACGGACGGUUACAAGAAAAUCUUCUGCCCUCUAGUUUCUCUAUUUGACAAUUUGAUCAUUAUACUGUUUCUUGACAAAGCAGCGAUUAUCUCAGAAGGAGACACAAAAUCCGAUCCGUGGAAGCUUUGUACCGUGACUCAAGUCGAAGAAGUCAAGAUUCUGUUACGUUUGUUCCCCAUUUGGGCCUCAGGGAUCGUUUUCUCAGUCCUUCAUUCACAGAUAUACACUUUGUUUGUUCAACAAGGAAGGUCCAUGAGACGAACCAUCGGUUCCUUCGAGAUCCCUCCAGCUACUCUUGGGAUGUUCGACACUGCGAGUGUCCUCAUAUCAGUUCCAGUCUACGAUAGACUCAUCGUUCCCUUCGUGAGGAGAUUCACAGGUUUAGCUAAAGGAUUCACUGAUCUACAACGUAUGGGGAUUGGACUUUUCGUCUCUGUCUUGAGCUUGGCGGUUGCAGCUAUCGUUGAGACGGUUCGGUUACGGUUGGCACGAGAUAUUGAACUGGUGGAAAGUGGAGACACUGUUCCGUUGAGUAUCUUCUGGCAAAUCCCUCAGUAUUUUCUUAUGGGCACAGCUGGAGUUUUCUUCUUCGUUGGUCGGAUUCAGUUUUUCUAUGAGCAGUCUCCGGAUUCGAUGAGAAGUAUGUGUAGUGCUUGGGCUCUUCUCACUACCACACUCGGAAACUACUUGAGCUCGAUGAUUGUUACGCUUGUUGCGUGUUUGAGCGGGAAAGAUGAUGGUUGGAUUCCUUCAGACAACCUUAACAUAGGCCAUCUUGACUACUUCUUCUGGCUUUUGGUCUGUCUUGGUUGUGUCAACAUUCCAGUUUUUGUCUUCUUCUCUGUUAGAUACACACAGAAGAAGGUUUCCUAAGGUUGUAAUCCACCCGAUCGAUGUCUGUAACUUCUUUUGGCAUUUGUCCGAUUUAUAAAGCCACCACCAUGGAGGAUCUUGUUCGUACUAGUAUCAAGAAUAUUUAUUAAAUAAGAAACAUUGUGGGCUUUAUUGUAAGACUUUGAAAGUUAAGGGAAGUGAAUUAGUUUUACUCUAAAACUUUUAAACUGUUAUCUAAUUAUUUGUUUUAUA